GCGGCUCGGAGCCCGCAGGCCAUGGAGCUGGGCGGGCUCCCGGCCUGGCCCGUCCUGCUGCCGCGCGGCAUCCGCCUGUACACCUUCGAGCAGGCGCCGGGAUUCCUGCGCUACAACCCCUACAUCACCGACGGAUACCGCGCCUUCCUGCCCGCGCGACUCUGCCUCCAGAGCCUGUUCAUCCUGUCCAACGAGACGGUGAACAUCUGGAGCCAUUUGCUGGGCUUCCUCCUCUUCUUCACGCUGGGCAUCUACGACAUGACGUCCGUGCUGCCGUCCGCCAGCGCCUCCAGGGAAGACUUCGUCAUCUGUUCCAUCUGUCUAUUUUGCUUCCAGGUGUGUAUGCUUUGCUCCGUAGGCUAUCACCUGUUCUGCUGUCAUCGCUCAGAGAAGACCAGCCGACGAUGGAUGGCAUUAGAUUACGCAGGGAUUUCCAUCGGCAUUCUUGGUUGCUACGUAUCAGGAGUCUUUUACGCAUUUUAUUGUAAUAAUUACUGGCGCCAGGUGUAUCUGAUCACGGUGCUCGCCAUGAUCCUGGCCGUGUUCUUUGCUCAGAUUCACCCCAGUUACCUCACUCAGCAGUGGCACCAACUGCGUUCCCUCAUCUUCUGCUCCGUGUCCGGCUACGGGGUGAUUCCCACCGUCCACUGGGUCUGGCUCAACGGGGGCCUAGGAGCCCCCAUCGUUCAGGAGUUUGCGCCCCGUGUAGUCGUGAUGUACAUGAUUGCUGCUAGCGCUUUCCUCUUCUACAUUUCCAAGGUUCCAGAAAGAUACUUUCCAGGCCAACUAAACUACCUCGGUUCCAGCCACCAGAUCUGGCACAUCCUGGCCGUCGUGAUGCUGUACUGGUGGCAUCAGUCCACCGUUUACAUCAUGCAGUAUAGACACAGCAAACCCUGCCCCGACUACCUUUCCACUCUGUGAACUCAGGCGUUUUGGUAAAUCGGCCCGACGACCCCCAGGGGAGGACAGGACCGAAUGCUUCGGUGGCCUUCACCCCUCGUCUGAUGACCCUUAAGGCUCGAGGAGCCAGGUCUCCGCAGGGCCCAUUUCCACGUUCAACACACCGAGGUGGGCGUCCCCCAGUCUCUGCCUUUUUUCCGGGCCUUCCUCCUCAACAACCAGGGCUGCGGCGUUCCUCUUCGAUGGUCCGUGUCGACCGUCUCGCCGGAAUCAAAAGGAGCUUUGUGUCGCGAUGGAAAAACCGGAGUCGCACGGGCACUUCGAAGGCUCUGUCGCGGGAUUACCCCAGCUAGUCGAUGAUCUCUGGGGCUCCAAUCCGCCCUUUGGUGGCUUCUGCUUCCCAGAAGGAUGAAUGGAAACCAUAAGCUCUCUCGUCACUCCCCCGGGGUCACCUCGUCCGAGAUCCGACCCGGUUCCUCGCCGUCCACCCUCCCGCGGGGUCCUCCUGAGAUUUUCCCAGAUGCCCCGUCAUCCUGAUGCACGGGGAAAACAAGUGCUAGAGGCGUUGCCGUCCGCGAUGGCCAAACCAGCUGGUCACCGAGGCAACCCGACCAUCUCUUACCGGACAAUCAGAACGAGGGCGGAACUUGGGCCGGGAUAGGGCGGGGAUCGAGGUGCGCGACUGGUGAGGACGCAGCCUGGGACCCAAAAACACUCUCCAGUUUGAGGGGGGAACCACUCAGAGGGGAAGCCCGAGUCAGCAUCACGCCACAGAGGAAAUGGAACAAACUCAUCCUGUGAUCUCGACAUUACUAAGGCGCCUCCGUCUUUCCCUGUGGGAACGCUAACGAAAUCCCAGGUCGUCUCCUGGCCUGCGGGGAAGUUUGAACCGCCUAGAGCGACGGGACGCCGUUGGCGAGGUGGCGGUCCUGUUCGCGACCGCUGCCUCAAGUAGGGGCUGGCCGCUCGGUCGCGACAACUUAAGGGUUUUGCUUCAGCGGGGCCCGUUCAGAAACCAAGCGCUUCGUUACUUCAUUGCAGACGUGGUCAUUGCCAAAUCUGGGGCUUGUGCCCCGUCUUUCCAUCACUGUCUUAAGGCGAGUCACUGCAGAAACAGACUGGCACCGGGCCCCUCCUUUGUGCCCUGGUGAUGUCUCUAGUUUCUCGCACGGUGGCACCGACUUGUCGAGGCCAGGCCUGCCCGGCCGAUAGCCCCGGGCAAGGCAGUGCCUCAUCACUUACUCCCGCGGAAGAGCACGCUCACGUUCCCAAAGCGCUCCUCUUCCCGCGUCUAGCGAGGAGCCCGUCUGCUGAUCCGCCGGCCGUGGGGGGCAAGCCACCUGCAUGGGAAUGACGGGAUCCGGGGGCCCCGCUCCGAAAGCUGGGGAGGUGACCGGCAGAGGACCGAGCUCCAGCUGUGGCCCGUGACUUUUCGGCGGUAUCACAGGGUCCCGUCGGCUCCCGGUCUGUCCGCGAGAGACUCGGUCUUGUUCAAUCGCCGUGCAGAAGAACCAGAAAAUAAAAACUCUUCGGGAAAGAACUCCCCUCAUUUUGUAGCACCCCCGCCGUCCGUCGCAAAAGAGCCAGGAAGAGCCCAACGUGAUGCCCUGACCCAAUCCGCCACCGUGGCCUGGCAUUCAUUAAAACAGGCCUUUCGGGGGAUUCUUAGAUGCUACUCCCUCAUGGACUACUUGUUUAGCGCAGUAUUUAUUCUAAGGUAGGGUAUUAAUGAGCGAGGGUCGUCCCGGCCGCUGUAGACUUAGCAUUUAGGAAUAAGUUACAUUGAACUUGCCCCCCAGCCCGAGCCCCCGGAACUGAGCAUCUAACUUAUUUUGUAUCCUUUUUGUAACUUACCCGAGCGUUUUCCAAAACGCAUAAAUACUAGCACUGCGCACAGCGCAGCCGCUUUAAAGCUGCUUUAAAAAUAGUUUAAACCGAUUACCAACCGGUUACCGCGUCCAUUCGGUCCGUUUGCGGACCCACGGCACCUUUCGAGAAAAGCCGUUCUCAACGGGACGCUAAUCCCGCCCCGCCGGUCAUUUCGGAUCUUAUUUGGAGACAGCUUUUCGGGCCGCAUGGCAAAAACUGGGCCGUAUAAAUAAAAUUCGGUUUUACU